AUGGCUGGCCCGUCGCGAUGGGCCGAUGGGGAGGAGGACGCCGAGAUCGAGGCCCAGCGCAAGCGCGAGAAGGAGGAAAAGAAACGCCAAAAGGCCGAGAAGCAGCGCAAGCUCGAGGAGCAGGCCCGCCUGGCCGAGGAACGCCGCAAACAACAGCAGGAAACUCCAGCCGCCGACCAGGACCGUCCCGCCAAGAGGCAGAAGGUGGCUUCGCAGGGCGACGAAGAUGGCCCGAGACGGCUGUUGCGCUUCGCCGCGCCCAGCUGGGGACCUUGCCGCCGCGUGGACAAUUUCGAGAGGCUGAACCACAUCGAGGAGGGCUCCUACGGAUGGGUGUCGCGCGCCCGCGAAACCGCCACCGGCGAGGUUGUUGCCCUCAAGAAGCUGAAGAUGGACAACCAGAACGACGGCUUCCCCGUCACCGCCCUGCGCGAGAUCCAGACGCUGAACGAGUCCCGCAAACACCGCCACAUCGUCGAUCUGCGCGAGGUUGUUGUCGGAGACACGCUCAACGACGUCUUCUUGGUCAUGGAUUUCCUAGAGCACGAUCUCAAGACCCUCCAGGAGGACAUGGCCGAGCCUUUCCUGCCGUCCGAAGUCAAGACACUGAUGCUGCAGCUGACCUCCGCUGUUGGCUUCCUCCACGACCACUGGAUACUGCAUCGAGACCUGAAAACCUCCAACAUCCUCAUGAACAACCGCGGCGAGAUCAAAAUCGCAGACUUCGGCAUGGCCCGCUUCGUCGGCGACCCGCCUCCCCCAGACCUAACCCAACUCGUCGUCACCCUCUGGUACCGCGCCCCCGAACUCCUCCUCGGCGCCAAAGAGUACGACAGCGCAAUCGACAUGUGGAGCCUCGGCUGCAUCUUCGGGGAGCUGCUAACCAAGGAGCCGCUGCUGCAAGGCACAAACGAGGUCGACGAGCUAUACAAGAUCUUCAAGCUCUGCGGCCUCCCCACCCCCCACUCCUGGCCCUCCUUCCGCCGCCUCCCCAACACCUCCUCCCUCCGCCUCCCGCCCAACCCAGACCCGCACUCCACCACCUCCCUCCUCCGCGCGCAGUUCCCGUUCCUCACAUCCGCCGGCGUCGACCUCCUCUCCUCCCUCCUCGCCCUCAACCCCGCCUCCCGCCCCGCCGCCGCCGCCGUCCUCGCACACCCGUAUUUCGCCGAGAACCCACGCCCGAAGGCGACGGAGAUGUUUCCGACGUUUCCGAGCAAGGCGGGCCAGGAGAGGGGGAGGAGGAGGAGGGCGAGCCCGAGGGCGCCGGGGAGGGGCGACAAGGCUGCGUUGGGGGAGGCGGGGGAGGCGGGGGUGGUGGAUUUUAGUGGGAUUUUUGCGGGGGGCGCGGGGAGGGAGGAGGGCGGGAAGGGGUUUAGUUUGAAGUUGGUGUAG